UCAGGCCUAUUUAUAUAAACGAAAUCGCAGAAAAAGAGAAUUACUGCAAUACUUGGAGAGACAAGCCCGGUUGCUAUGGCGGGAAGGAGGUGUACUUGAGGUUUAAGAAUCAUGUCCCACCGUCUCUCCAAGGAAGAGCUGGACGAACAGUUUGAGUUGUAUUUAAAAGAGUCCAUCUCUGAUGACUCUGUGGAUUUGGGUGGCACAAGUCGUUCCAUUGAGUUGGACAGUUUAGGGAAGGUUCUCCAAAACCCUGCACAUACUAUUGGGCCGUCUCGAUCAUGGUGGAAUGAAGAUGAAGAGACUCUGAAUGGGGGAUUGCUGGCAUCUGGAAAGAUUUUUCGAAAAUCUCAAAGAAAAUCCCAGUCAAUUCAAGAGGAUGAUGAGGUACGGCUAAAACCAAAAAGGAACCAAAAUGAGCUGGAGAAGGAAGAAGAGGUUAAGGAGGAGCAGGCAGAGGCUGUCAUUUUCAGCAGAUAUAGCUUGGAACCAAAGGACUCAGAAUCGGUGGCGGCAUCUGGAGCAGGACCAAACGUUACAGGCUUUGGCCUGGACACACUGGACGAGGAGAAAGAGAAGGCUAAUUUCUUUGCCAACUUGGAGAGGGGAGCUUCCUCCACUAUUGACUAUUCCAAGCUGAACCGAGAGUUUGAUUCAACUGGGUCUACAGUCACCACUACCCUUAAGAAUGCAGAAAAGAUAGUGACUGAGCUGGAGUCAAAGGAAAGUCGUGAGUCCAGAUGCAUGCCAGCAACUCUGAACUACAGUGAGGAUUUUGAAGAUGAACUGGGUGGCAGAGAGGCACAGGAUGAGAAAAUCAGUAGACCUGGAAUGCUUGCAAAAGUGUCCUUCCAUGACUCCCUGGACUCAACCGCUGGGACUCAGAAACCCGAGGAAGGUGCGGAGGAGGCAGAUGUGCCAGUGAGGAACGACGGCUGUUUGGCUCUUGGUGUCAUGGAGACCAAUGGUACAGGCAACUGUGUUUCAGAUCUGCCUACAGCAGAAGAACUCAUGCAGCCAAUCAGACCAGACUUUGGUUUCACCCAGCUAUCUUCCCAGCACCCAGUCAUUGGUGACAGCACUGGGAUACUGCAGGGGUGCAGGAUCAGCACCUCUGCUGAAGGACUGCUUCGGGGGGCAGCUGGAGAGAGCACAGAAGGUCCACCUUUGGGGACAGGAGAUUGGACAGGAGAUGAAAAGCACAGGAAUAUCAUGGAGGAGGUGAAACUGCUCAUGCAGUGCCAGGAUGGUUACCUUGCGCCUCCUCCCCCACAACUUUGUAAAAAGAAAACGAAACAGGUCCCAGGGCACUUUUCAGUGCAGGGGUGUCGUCGUGCUUCAUCUUUUACCUCCCAAAAGAAAUCUUCUGUGCCCCAGGUGAAGAAUAAGAGAGCUUUGCCUGGCUCACAUUCACAAGCAAAUGUGGGAAAUCUGGCAGACAGACAUGCUGAGCUGGGGCUGACAGUGAGUGAUGACCUUGUGUCUUCAGUGCAGUCCUCUGCUACCUCCCUGCAGCAGCGUGUACAGCAGAGAGAGCACGAGGCCUGUGGUGGGGCACAAGACUCAGAUGCAAGAUACAGUAGACAGAGUAACACAGCACCACCCAGCUGCAGUGGAAAGGAGAUGGGUGCUGCGAAUGCUCAGGACUGCCCUCUAGUGGAUAAGCCAGCACACAAGCAGAAGCAAUUCAAGACACGAGAAGAGGAUUUAAUUCUGGCCCACAAGAGGGAGGUUUUAGUACUCAAACAGAAAAAUUACGUCUUACAGACAAAGUUGCAUUACCUAGAAGAGGUCAGCAAGAAGGUGGGAUGGAGCAUUGGGAAGUCCUCAGACCCCAUAACAAAUGAGAAGCUCAAGCUCAUUGAGAAGGAGCUGAAGGAGCAGGAGACCCUCAUCCAGGGAUACCAUCAGGAGAAUGCAAAGCUGUACCACCAGGUGAAGGCAUUAAAAUCACAGAGCAAGGAAAAUGAAGAGGCCAUGUUCAUGGUGAACCAACGACUACAGGUUGAAUUGGCCAUGGCCAGGGAAGAAAUCAAAAGAAGCUGUAUGCAGAGGACUGCUGGAAAUGACUUUGAGCAGAAUAUGGCAAUCGCAGACCAGGUGCAGGCUUUACAGGAGAGUGAAGCCAGACUGACAGAGGAGAUUCGGCGGCUGAAACAGGAGAAGCAGACCCUGGAGGUGGAUGUGGGGAUGGUCAGGAAAGAGAUGGACUCAGGUGAUAAAAACUUUGACAUAAAGAUGCUGGAGGAGCAGCACAAGGUGGAGAUACAGGCCCUGAACAGGAGGCUGCAGUGGUACACAGAGAAUCAGGAGAUGCUGGACAGGGAAGUAGGUCAGCUGAGAGCCACCACAGAAGAGACCCACAGGCUCAAAGAGCAGGUAGACAAACAAAAGUAUGUGGUGGGAAAGAAGAACAGUCAAGAACAGAAGAAAGUAAAAGAAAGAAUGGGAGAUGCAAAGAGAAUCCUGGAUCUGGAGAAACAGGUGAAGAAGAUGGAAGACAUACUGAGGCGCAAAAACCCUAACUCCCUUCCUGCACUGAUCUCGGCUGCUGCCUCAGCAGCUGGGUCAAGGAGCACUGAGCAGGCUGGAACAGUGUCCUUCCUGGAGUGCCGUGUCCACAGGCUGGAAGAGGAGCUGGAGACCAAGGAUGAGGAGGCCAAACAGAGCCUGAGAGCCAUGGAAAAACAGUACCACAAGAUCAAGAUACAAUAUGAGCAGCAUAUUUCUGAGCUGGAGGACCAGUUGAGAAAAAAAGGCCUAAAUGACCAGGCUGGAACAUGCAAGGACUGGGAGUCUAAGGCCCAAGCCCUGGAACAAGAACUGCAAAGCCUUAGAGAGACCCACAAAAAGCAGAUCAGUGCUCUCCGGGCAGAGGUUGAUGCCCUUCAGGACCAAGUCAAACAGUCUGGAUGCAGAGAACAGACACCCAAGAAGAGUCCAAGCAAGCAUGACCAUCAGGCAGAAAUGGCGAAGGGGCUCCGGAUUAAGAGUCUGACUCAGGAGCUUGCAGCCAAAAUCAAGACAGUACAGGAUCUGACUCGAACAAUGGAGCGGCUGCAGCGGGAACGGCGGUCACUGCUCUCAGUGUCAGCAGCAAAUGCACACAGCAAGGAAUCCAAAAAGCCAGUCAGCGCAGCUAGAGAGAGCAGCACCGAGGCUCAGACCUUCCCUGUCACACUAAAUGAGAAGAGCUACCCGCCACUCACCUUCUCUGGGUCCCACAUUUCAGAAGUACUGCAGGCAAAUGAUCAUCUGAAGGCUUGUUUACAGCACAUGGAACUGAAGAACGAACAAGAGAGGGUAGCAAAGUGCCAAGUAGAGAAGGAUCUCCACAGGGUCCGGGAGGAUGCUGCAGAGCAGCUGUCAUUGCUGAAGACUGAAUGCCAGAGGGAGCAAGAGAGCCUGAUUGCCCAGCAUGCCCUGGAACACUCCUCUUCUAAAGUGGCUGAACUCACCAAUCAGCUAUCUACCCAGGAGAUCAUCAUCAGACACUUGCAGGACCAGGUUAAGGAGCUACAGGGAUGCAAGGAAGCGCUUGCAGUUUCCCACAUUAGAGAGGAGAUUUUGCAGAAAGAGAUGGAAAAAUUGCUGAAGGAGCUGAAAGAAGCAAAGGAAAUGCACACCCCCCGGCUCAAACACUUCACCUCCUUAGAAACCAAGAUCAAGAAUAUGGAACGGCGGCACAGCGAAAGAGAGAGGGAGCUGCAGCAGGUGAUCGCAAAGACACUUCUAGUAGCAGAAGAGCAGCAGCAGCAGGAAGUAGAGGCCUGGCAAAAGCUGGCCCAGGGCAAGACUAGGGAGCUGGAGAACUUUCGCACUGAGCUGGAUUCCAUCCUGGACGUGCUGAGGGAGCUUCAGAGGCAGGGUGUGGUGAUCCCAGUCAAUGGAGCUGUACACUUGACCUAAGGCAAGACUAGUCUGUAUACUUCAGCAUAGAUAUCGUGGAUGUCUUGCAGUCAGAACAUGAUUUGAUGGACAAGGACACUGAAAUUGAGAAUAUUUUUUUGCAUUGUCUGUUUAAAUAUUAUUAUUGUAUUUUAAUAGAAUUUUCAUUAGCUUUAAUCAUUACAUAACUACAGGGAUGUUAUUUCCUAUGUGAUCAUUUGUUUUUUUGACUCUAAUUGUUUCUUGUUAAUUGUUUUCAUAGUAAAGGUUGAAUGUGC